CGCGCGUCCGCGUAGCUCAAUCCACUACUGACCGCGGACGGUGUCGCACGCGGUUUGUUGUGCAGCCUCACUCACAUCGAAUCUGCCGGUAAGCUUCCGAACCGGGUGCCAUUGAACGUGUUUAUUGUUAGUGUGUGCGUGUGUGUGUGUAGUGUUUGGAGGUCCAUAGGCCCAUCCCCAAAACACAUCCCAACGACACAAUGCUAUCGCGAACGGUCGCGGUGCUUGCCGCGGUAGCGCUAAUGGCGGGCCUGGUCGCCUCCCAGGAUACGCUCGACGACCUCUACCUCUCGCUGUACAAUCUGACCGAGAACAAAAACACUGUCACGGAACCGCCAGCACCACCGCCGGCGCCGGCAGCAGCAGCAGCUCCUGCGGCGGCCCCCGCCCCCGCUCCGGCCCCUGCCCAGCCGCGCUACACCUGCACCGGCGAGUGUGUACAGUACUAUCUGUGCAGCGACAACAAGAUCAUCACCGACGGCGCCGGCAUCAUCGACAUCCGUGUCGGCGAAGAUCCGGCCGAGGAGUACGAGUGUCCCCACUUCCUGAACACGUGCUGUGAGAAGGACUCCGUGCUGGAUGAGCCGCCCCCAAGCGCUACCAAGGCACCGCCGACCAGCGUGCCGGAUGCGCGCCGUCCGACCUGCGGUAUGCGCAACGAGAACGGCAUCGGCUUCCGCAUCGAGGGCCAGAAGGAUGGCGAGUCCGAGUACGGCGAGUUCCCGUGGAUGUUGGCCGUGCUGCGGGAGGAGCGUGUCGCCGACAGCAACCUGAACGUGUACGAGUGCGGUGCGUCGCUGAUCGCGCCGAACGUGGUACUGACCGCGGCCCACUGCGUGUUCAACAAGCAGAAGGAGCAGCUGCUGAUACGGGCCGGCGAAUGGGACACGCAGACGCGCAACGAGCUGUACCAGCAUCAGGAUCGCCGGGUCGCCGAGGUCAUCACGCACGAAGCGUUCAACAAGGCGUCGCUGGCGAACGAUGUGGCACUGCUGAUACUCACCGAGCCGUUCCAGCUGGCCGAGAACGUGCAGCCGAUCUGUCUGCCGCCGAAGGGGACGUCGUUCGAUCGCACCAAGUGUUUCGCCUCCGGCUGGGGCAAGAACGUGUUUGGCAAGGAGGGCAAGUACCAGGUGAUACUGAAGAAGGUCGAGCUGCCGGUGGUGCCGCACACCGAGUGCCAACAGUCACUGCGCAGCACGCGGCUGGGCAAGCGGUUCGCGCUGCACCAGAGCUUCCUGUGCGCUGGCGGUGUGGCUGGAAAGGACACGUGCCGUGGUGAUGGAGGCUCUCCGCUGGUGUGUCCGGUUCCGGGAUCGCCCACCCACUACUAUCAGGCGGGUAUCGUGGCGUGGGGCAUUGGCUGCGGCGAGAACGGCAUCCCCGGUGUGUACGGCAAUGUGGCGUUCUUCCGCGACUGGAUCGAUCAGCAGCUGGUGCAGCGUAGCAUUCUAGCACGCGACUAUGUGUACACGCCGUAAGCUCCACUCUUGGACUCAACUCUUUUGACGAAAAAUGGAGACAAUCGUUUAGUAACGUGCAGCAUAUACUUGUAUUAAGGUUGACGUAAUAAUAAAAACCUAAAAAAAAAACAUAAA